CUCCGCUGCCCGCCAGACCGGCAUUCCGGCCGGGAGACCCGCGGGGUACGUGGCGGGCCUCUGCCGGCCCUGCGUAUCUCAGGUGGACGCUGACCAGGUGGACCAGGUGGAGCCGCCCUUUAUUCCGGGAGCGGCUGCAACAGGAAAAGGCAGGAACACUUUUAGAGAGCUUCAAGGGCCAAGGUCCUGGGGGCAGGGCACCUUGCCCGUAAACUGUGUCGCGGAAUGCCAUGGUAGCAGCCCAAGUCUGAGUUUCACUCUGAGGCCGCAAGGUCGGGUUCGCCCGGGCGCCAGCGGAGAACGCUACCAGGUUCUCCCAGGGCCCGGAGAGGCGGAGCCACACAUGUAAAUAAAGCUGCCUGGGGGCGGGGCCAGGCUCCCUAGAACUUGCAGGGACCGCAACGGGCUCUAGAAGGCGGAGCUUGGCUUCCUAAACGCUGGGAGCCGUUCUCAGAGGGGCGGGGCCACACAAAUUUUUGGCCAGGGGGCGGGGCCAGGUUCCCAAGAGCCUAAGUGGACCACGACUGUCUCUUCGGGGCGGGACUUGGUUUCCAGGCAACGGCUGAUCGCGCAGCCGGAGUAGUCCUGGAGGGGCGAGGCCACACGUUGAAUCCCAUGGACCCUGAGUAGGCCUGAUCAGGUUCCCCGACGACAACUGCGGUCUCAGGAGGGGUGGGGCAGAGUCUUCGCGCGCGCUGGGUGGUGUUUCACCGGGGGCGCGGCUCCCGGGGCGGGGCUGGCAGAGCCGCUCUUGACGCCACAGCAGGUCCCCCAGGCGCUGGUCAGACCCGACAGGAUCGCUGCUCCGGGCGCUAUGGCGGCGGCCGGGGAGCCGGAGCCGUCCGCAGGGGACCCCGCGGCCGCGCCGGCCUGCCGCUUCUUCCUGGAGGGCCGCUGCCGCUUCGGCGCGCGCUGCCGCCAGCAGCACCCGGGGGCGCCGGCGCCCGCGCGGCCCAGCGGCGCGGUCCCGGCUGAGGCCGGGACCAAGAAGCCGCCGCUGCGCACGGCCGCCGCGGUCAUCCAGCGCAUCCGCUGGGACCCGCGCCUAGACCCGGCCGACUUCUCGGUGGGUUACGCCGACCGCUUCCUGGGCGUGCGCGAAGAGCCCUUCGCUGCCUUCUGUUGGGACGCGCCAUUAGCGGCGCUCGGGCCCGGCGUCCUGGCGAUCCCACAGCACCGCGUGCGCUACUUCCGCUUCCGCGGCCGCAUCGUCUGGGACCGCGCCUCGCGCACCGACCAUGUCUUCGGCUCCGGCCAGGCCGGCCGCGGGCCCACUAUCCUAGAGGCGCUCAAUGGGGACGCGCUCGACGGGAACGAGGCCGGGGCCCUGGACGCUGAGAAGCAGGAGUCGGGGCCCAGAGGGCGUGGAGAGCAGGCCUUGGCAGAGCUCGGGGCAGCCGACGCCCAGGGCAUCGGAGGCCCCGAUGCCAUGAGCCUGGUGCUGGCAGAGUCGGGCCUGGAGGAGGCAUCUGCCACGAACCGAGAGCGAGGGAAGGCCAAGAAGACAGAGUUGGGCCGGGCCAGCAGCAAGGAAUCACCGUGGAGAGCGACUGAGGCCGAGGACCAAGUCGCCCCCGAGUCAGACUCAGGGAAAGACACGACACGGCGCCUCACCUCCGGAGUGAAAGAAAGGGAACUAACAGAAGCAGCCAGGACCAUGGCGCUCACGGGCGGCGACAUACACGCCUUGGCAGCCCCAGAGUCGUUCCCGGAAGCGGAUGUCCUCCAUCUGAAGAAAGCAAGCCCAGCCGAGGAAACAGAGGUGGAGUGGGGUCCUGGGGCCCAGUAUACUGAGGACAGGAGGGUCGUGGCCAGGGCUGUGGCCUCUCGCCAACCCCGCCCCACACAUUUUGUGGCCCUCGCAGUGACAGAACCUGGGCUGCUGGCUGAGGUGACCCGGGCCCAGGCCCACCUGGCAGAAGUGGCUCCAUCCUGUGCUGCUUUCAUGGUGCCCUCACAGGCCCUGCACCUGACACUGGCCCUGCUGCGCCUGGCAGGCCCUGGAGAGGAGGCAGCAGCAGCCCGAGCUCUGAGCCAGGCCCUCUCCCACCCAGGGCUUCGAGCACCCCCAGAGGUGAGGUUCAGGGACCUAGUGCUCCUCGGACAUCAUGCACUUUGUGCCCCACCUUCCCCCUCACUGGAGAGUAUGGCCCAGGUGCUGAGCCAGAGGCUAGAGGCUGAAGGGCUGCGAGUGCUACAGCCCCCAGAAGGGCUGUGUCCCCACCUCACCCUAGCCAAGGUGUCCCAUGGCUCCACAGUCCACCUCCCAGAACCAGGGUUCAGCCUUAGGCAGGAGCUGGGGAGCCAGCCAGUGGAGAGACUCUGGCUGUGCCGCAUGGGGAGGGCAGGGAAUACCUACCAAACCCUGGCAGAGGUCCCCUUGAGGUGACAUUCCCAGACCCACUGCGAGGGUGAGACAAAUUGGAUCUCAGUCCCCAAACCAACCAGGGACUAAUACCUAAACAACUCAAGGAUGGAUACGAUCCAAGCAGGAAUAAAAACGGCUCUCUCUCUCUCUCCUUUUUAAUUUUGGUUUCUCAAGAAGUUUCCAAAUGGUGCUCAGUGCUCCAAAGAAAGAAUGGAGGAAGGAAAGGGGAGGGGAGAGAUGGGAAGGGAAAAGCAAAGAGGAAGAACAUCUGGAAAAAAAGCAGCCUGACAGUCCAGCUGUUUGCAAACUCCUUGCACAUCAUCCAGUUACAUGGCAGAAGACGGAAGGAGGGGCCGAAAGAAAAGGGGGAGAAAAAAAAAAACUUAAAUAAACACACACAAAAAAAAAAAAAAAAAAGAAGAAGGGAAAAUGACGUGAGCUGGUGAUCCAUGGAGGCAGGGAGGGGAGGGUAAGGGGUAACUGCUUUACCUGUGCUGAACCAAGGGAAGGAGGAGAGAAGGAAGAGGAGGGAAGGAAAGGAGUAAAAAAAAACCAGAAGAAACAUUGGGUGCAGAGGGAGAAGGGGAACACGAAGACAACUUAAUACAACUUGAGACGAGGCAAGCCCGGCUGGCGAGGUCCCGCGGUGGCCUCUGGAGUUCCUCAGUGCAGUGUGGUGGCGGUGGGGUCUGCUGGUGGCAGUGGCAGCGGCGUUUCUGGGGAGGGGGCCAAGGACACAGUCUCUACACGGCUCCCCUCACCCCAAACACUGAGGCCCCGAAGGGCUGGACAACAAGAGUCUGUGAUGAGGCAGAUGAAGUGGCAAGUGGGUUUGUGGAGCGCCCCACCGCCAUUAGGCGGGCACAGCUGGACGGCUUGUCUUCCUUCUGCUGGCCCCCCUGGCAUGGGAAAGGCCAGGUGGAAUACCGGAGUACAAGCUCGAAAGAGAGAGAGAAAAAACACUGAGAGAGCAUUAGUGGAGGUGAAAGGUGGACACGGGUGACCCCACAGACCACGCCCACAGCCACCCCACCACCCCACCCUAUUCUCCCCCCAACCCAUCCCUCUGAGACAAAAAUAAAAAUGUAAAAAAAUCUCUGUACAGACUCCCCGGUGGGAAAACGGGGGCAGGGAUGGUGGCUCUGCCUGGAGCCCACUCCCCAACAAUUAAUUUACAACCCAAGUCCAUGGCUCAAAAACAAAAUCCGCAGAGGUGGCACUGGAGGGGCCACAGCCCCUGCCCCCCACCCCCAUCCUCGCUGUGUGCUCAGAAGGCUGACAGCUGCGCCAGGCUGAGGCGGCAGUCGAUGCUGGCGUUGUCCGGGCCCGUGUAGGCCAGACCCAGGGACUCUAGGAAGGCCCGGCAGGCAGCCUCGCCCUCGAAGGCCAGCUCGGCCUGCAGGUAGGAGACAGGCAGCACAGGGCGGAAGCUACGGAGACAAGAGGAGAGAGUGAUGAGGCGGGCAGCGGGUAGGGGAGGGCCCCACGGCAGGCAGUGGAUGCCCCCUGUUCGGGCACCCCACGGGCCUCCUCAGCACAUAACUUGCAAACUCCCCCAACCCCCUGCCAGCCUCCCACCUCAGGGGCUUGGGGGGGCCCGGGGUGGGGCUGAUGGCCCCAAUCCCCAGUUGUGCCCCCCCUCACCCCUACUUACCUGUGCAGGGGGACCAGGAAGGAGGGGACAGGAGGGGAGGACCCAGCUGGCUCUUCUGAUGGCCUGAACAGCCUCUCAGAAGAGGGCCGCUUUGGCUGAGGGGCAGGGCCAGUCGGAGGGAGCCACAGCCACGCUUAGGAACAUACAGUUGAGAGCAGUACCCCAGGGGACCCCAGCCCUCUCACUGCCUUCGGGAAAGCCCCAGGCACGUGAGUAAAGAGUACACCUUCUUCUAGCAAUCGUGUUUGCUUGCUAAUGGCCCUGUCAGAGACGCUGCUCUUUGAGCACUUGCCUCGUGCCAGCAAAGAGCCACUCUGAGUUCUCUCACAGGAAGUCACUGGAUCCUCCCCUACAGGUAAGUCACCCUGCCUGUUUUAAAGGUAGAGCCAAUUGGCCAGGGUCCCCUAGGAAGGCAGUGGCAGCCCCCAUCCUGGCCUUGGAUGUCGUAGGGACAGAAACCCCAGAGCAAGCUGUAGAAGGGCAGGAGGCCUGGCCUGCAUGGCUGAGCAGUCUGAGGGAUCUGGGAGGGCAGGUCUGCCUAGGGGAAUGGCAGGCCACGCCCUGUACCGCAGGGACACUCCCAGCCGGGCUGUCCACAAAAGCCCAUCACAUAAACCCAUGAGGAAACUACCAUUAACCCAGCCACAUGCCCUGAAAAAGGCUACCAGGGGGUGAACUCUGAAAAGGCCAGAGGACGCUGGGACAGCCCUAGGCAUCCCCUAAGGCACAAGUCUCCAGGCCAGAUGGCUAGGGAGCCUAGUGGCCUCUUCUUCUUCCUUACUCCUCAGGGCCAGGAGCCAUCAUGCCAUGUCCACUGUGCCUCCUGUCUGUGAGCCACAGCCUCCUCUCUCCCAUCCUCAGCCUCUCUUGCCUGGCAUAACCUCUCUCUCGACUCCACACUACCAGAAUGAGCUUCCCAGCCUUCAAGUAUGACUGCCCCUCCCUAACUCAACACCAUCCUAUGGCCGGCUCCCUAGUACCUUCACUGCGAAGGCCAAGCUGACUGGCCCAGCAUUCAAGGCCCCCUAGACCCACCAACCUCAAGGUCUCUUAACCUCGGCAUGAAUGACAUUUGAGGCCAGACAACUCUCUGUGGUACAACUGCCUUGUGCAUUGCAGGGGGCUGAGCAGCAUCUCUGGCCUCUGCCCAGUAGAUAAGAAUAAACCGAAAACCAAACCCACUGCGACUGAGUCAAUUCCAAUUCGCAGUGACCCUAUAGGACGGGAGAACUGCCCCAUAAGGUUUCCAAGGCUGUAAAUCUUUAUGGAAGCAGACUACCACAUCUUUCUCCCAUGGAGCAGCUAGUGGUUUUGAACCACCAACCUUUCAGUUAGCAGCUGAGCACUUUAGCCACUGUGCCACCAAAAUUCCUAGAUGCCAGGAGCACCUUCCCAACUGAACAACCAAAACUGUUCCAGACACUGCCCAAUGUUCCUGAGGGCAUAUCUUAAUCCCAUUGAGAACUGAUGGUCUACCUGAAUCUGGCACCUCUGCCCUGACACACCAUGGGUGACACUCAACCUGUACGGUGGGCCUGGCCUUGCAGAUGGCCUCGAAGCCCUCUCCCCAUCCCCAGUCUGACCUGCCCCCACCAUCACACUUUUCUCUAACCACAUUUGGUAAGUCAAAGGGGUUGAUGGGGGAAAUGGGACCUUGUCUCAUUAGAUCAGAGCUGCCAAGAGCAGAAACCACCUUUCUGAUGUUGUCUUGAUGGCAUGGGGACCAGUGACAGACAAAGGUGGAUGGCACUCCGAGGGAGCCAAAAGCCCAAAGAAAGGAAAGAAUGGAUUGGGGGUCAAGGCUGACAUAAGCAGGAUGACGAAAUGAGCACAGAUGAUGGUGGAAAAGGGAAUCCAAAGUCAGUGAAGAGAGAAAAUGGAGGGGAAAGCAGGUGGUCUGACACAGAGGAGGGACAGAACACAGAAAAUGGACUGGAUAGAGAGAGCACAAGGGCAUGGAGAGGGAAGGGCCAAAAUAUUGAGAGCAGAAAUGAAAAAGUGGAAGAGGGCAAGAGGAUAAGAGGAGCCCAGAGGCUUAGAAACUUAGAGAAGAAAGGGCAGCAUGGCCAGAAAAGUGAGGAGCAGCAGCAAGUGCGCUCGGCUUCACAUACGUUUUGAUCAUUGCUUUGAGGGCCGCCUUGCGCUCCCGGUCUGCAAACUUGUCCACGAGAUAGCCAGACAUACAUGGUGCACGGCAGUAGAGCCGGAAGAAGCGGUGGUAGUUGCCCAGAGCCCAAGCUGCCCUCAGUGCCAAGGCAUGGGCCACACAAGGGUCUGCCUUCAACUCCCGUGUCAGGUACGCCAGCUCCGUGGUGAUGUCUGGGGGCCCAGAAGGGAGGAGGUGGUGAGAAGAAGGGCUGCAGCCUGGGGGCGGUGGCACCUACCAACCCGGUAGCCGGCCCCUCACCUCCUGAGUUCUUGGUGAAGAUAUAGUAGAGAAUCCGAUAUGCAGUAAACUCGCCCACAUUGCCCGGCAGGUUCUCAGCAUACAGCGACUUGAGCUGUGUCUGGCACUGGUUGAACUCUUCAUGGUCCCCCUGGAGGGCAGAGACAGGGAGGAACAGAGCACGGUGAGGCCGUGGAGGGCACAGACUCUCAGGGGUAUCAGGAGGGACCUGGGGAGGUGCCAGGAAGGUUCCCAUCAGUCUGCUCACCUUCUCCAGGGCGAUGCGGGCAUGCGUCUCAUACACCUCCACCGUGAACUCUGUGCGGAUGCCCUGGACCUGGGGUAGGGACAGAAGAGUCAGGCCAGAGCAGGGGUGGGGCCACCUGGAAGGGCGGUGGGACUGCAGCUCAGGCCAGAGUGCCCUCCCAGCACCGCCUCACCGUCAGAUCCUGCCGGAUUGACUUCAUCUGCUCACAGGCAAAUGCGUAGUCCUGCUUCUCCUUCCAGUGUGACUUGACCAUGGCCAGCGACUUCUUCAACACCUAGCCAGAGUCAGAUUUCGGCUCAGUAUGUGACUUAGACAGAGCCAGGACACGGGGGGCACCGGUCACACACCUGCUAAGCUGGGAUUGUUAAAACGAGGGUGGCUACACCAGACACAUACUGGUGACUUACUAAUCACAUUAAGAAUAGACCAACUAAUAGGAAAAGUAACCGCUCCAUGUAACAGCCACGUGUACGUUCUGAAACAGAACACGUUAUCUACAUUUCCACCACUGGCGGCAGGCAAGGCCUCAGGCCUGCCUGGGAAGAGGCUUUGUUCUAUGUCACGAGUGAGGAAAUGAGACUCAGUGAGGCCAAGUCACUCCCCAAACAAGGCCACCCUUCCUGGUCUGCAGGGCCUCACUGUGACCCCACAGGAUGGGUCUCCCUUCAUGUGGUGUCCCUGCCACGCUCCCUGUCACCUCCCAAUGGGUACCCAGCACAGGCCCAGUGAGGACCCACUGCCCUCUCAGGGCACUUACAGAGACGGGGCGCACAGUGGAGGGGUCAGGGGCACAGGUGAGGCGCAGGUAGUGCUUGGUGAUGUCAGGGCAGGUGCCUACGAUCUGCAGCUCCUGCCAGUCAGGGUCAGCCCCACCACUCUCCAGACUGCCCAUCUGCAGCACCAGCGGCUCCAGGCGCAGGCGGCGUGCAUGGCCGUGCUGGAAGCGGGCUGCUCGUUUCUGCUUCUUCAACUCGCGCUCGGGGUCCUCGCACUCCAGGACCGCCAUCUUCUUGCGGCUACGCUUGGUGGGAGCAAGGUCGUGCCUAAGAGGGGGGCAAGGGAGCAGUGACUGGCCUAGGUUUCCAUCUGCCUUCCAGCCUAGGUCCCUUGGGAAGCCAUCUGUCCAUCCCUCCAGUCCCUCCCUGAGGACACAGCCCUCCUCCCUGGAGCCAGGAGCCCCUCCUCUCAUAGGACCCAGGACCCCGGACCCUGCACCCCUCUUCUCCCUGGAGUCUCAAGAUUCCAGUCCUCUCCUCUCUCAUAACCAUAGCCUCUCCUCCUCAGGAGUCCACAGCCCAAAUCUUACCUCUUCCCACGCUGUGCCCUGCCUCGGCCCCGAUCCAUGUGGGCCCCCCGGCCCCCCCGACCCUUGGCGGGUGGGUUCCUGCGGCCCACAGGGUGACACUCAUUCCCUGAGUAGGAACUAUCAGAGUCCGAGUGGGAGUCACUGUGCAAGAGAGAGGAAGGAUUAGGCAUUAACUGGUUCCCUUCUCUCUAUCCCAGGCACUCCCACCAACCAGACCUUGUACCUCCGGCGGAAGUGACGGGUAGGUGACCGGGAAGAGGAGCGGGAGCGGGAGUCUGUGCUGGAGGAGGAGCUGUUGUCCUUCAUGAAGACAUUGCGAUUGCCGAACUUAGCAAAGCUGCUGCCCCGAGCUCGGCCAGAACCCCCAGCCCCUGGUGUCCCACGCUGGGACUGGGCACUUCCACCUCUGGUUGCAGAGCCUGCCCCCCGGGGAGGGUGAAGGCCACUAGGGGCCUCCCACCGCUUCUUCUUUGGGCUCUCCACCGCAGGCUCUUGGGUCAGCCUGAAGAGCCAACAGGGAAGAUCGUCACCAACCCCAAUCCCACUCUAGUAGGAUCCCACGCCCGCCUACCCAUCCUGAUCUGCCAGCCCACCCAGGAAUAGGCUCAAGAAAGGAAGGCACUCACUCCAGGUGGCUCAGCUCAUAUACUGCAAAAAUGAGUGCUGUUUCCAGAAGGUGUUCUCAAUCACUGAGUGAUACAUACCUCCCUAUACCACAGCAUCACCUGUCCCAGGACUCCAACCCUAGCACCACCUGGCCUCUGUACCUCUCCUGGCCACCUUCCAACCUAUGACAUCAUCCCCUGGGACCUGAUUUUCUGGCCCAUUCCUCUUCAGACCCCAGAUGCCCAAGAGCCCAAAUCUCCAACUUCAAUGCCCAAAGAGUACCUACCCAGCCCCACCCACCGCUCGGAUGAGCCCUCAGCCACCACCCCGAGCCCUGACGCACCCUGGCAGUGGCUCGCGGCUCCAGUCAAUGGUGUAGGCUGAGCCGUCCUGGAGCCGGGCCUGCAGCACCUCCUUCAGCAGCUUCUCUGUGCGGUCCUUGUCCUCCUCUGACUCACAGGCAGUGAAGCAGCGCUCCACAUACUCCUUCAUGUCCUGAGGCCAGUCAUCAGGCUUCCCGGACAAGUUGCCCCGGGAUGAAGGCCCGCUGUGGAGAGGGCGCAUAGAGAACUCAAUGCGGAGCACUCGCACUAAGCCAGGGGUGCCAUUGCUCCCAACCAGUGAACUGACACCACGUGCCAGGUGGAACUAGAGCAUUUUUCUCUUUCCACCUCAUGUACUGCUCACAACAGCCCUGAGAGGCUGCUCUCCCAUUUCAGAGGAGCAAACUGCAGCUCAGGUGGGAGGGCUGCACGGUGCUAAGCUGGGGUUGGAACACAGACGUGGAGCACAGAGACAGUGGACUGGGGGACAAGGGCAGCGCAGUGUCACCUGUGGUUCUGAGCUUUCUCAGUGUUGGGCUGGGGGCCGAAGCUGCUAUGCUGCCCCUCCGAGCUGGAGCUGAAGUUCUGGUUGGUGACAGCAAAGGGCCGUUUCUGAAUGUUGAACUUGAGACCACCAGUCCCAGGGGCCGCUGUGAGGGCAGCGCAAGCUGGGGUUAGGCCCUUCCCUAGCACACCUGGGGUACCCUUUCCCCCAAGGAAUGCCAGACGGAAAGCUUCAGGGGCAGGGAUGAGCAGGAGUUCUGGGACAGGAGAGGCCAAGCUCCAGAAAGGGGCCCCAGCUCCGAGUGCACCUAGUCUCAGAGUGGCCUUCCCCAAAUCCCUGGGAUGAUCACAGGAUGAAGAAUCUAUCCCAGAGCACCCUCAGGGUUUGAAGUGUGCCUGUGAGUUCUGAGGGCCCCGCCCCGCUCCAACUUACGCUUCAUGCGGCUCCACAGCUGCUGGCCCUUCUUGGGCUUGGCUGGCUCGGAAUAGCUGUGCUGCCCAUAGGCCUGGCCUGAAGGUGCUCCCGCCUGGCCGUGCUGUGUGGCUGGCACUGUCCCUGGCUGGGGGCCGCUGCUCAGAGGAUGGGCCCCAUGCUGGGCAUUUGAGGGCUGAGGGGGCUGGGCCGGCAGCUGCUGAGGGGGUGCCUGGUAGGACAUGCUCUCGUCCAUGCCGGGUACUGGGGGCUGCGAGAGGAAGCCAGCGCUGAGGGUGGGAGCCAGCACACUGUGCCCGCUUGCACAGCCCUGUCCACACCACCACACUCUUCACUCUGUUCUCUAGACCUGCACCCUGACCUUUUGUGUCAACGCACUCUCAAGUAGCUCUGAGAUACGUCCUUUUACUAACAACCCCUUCUUCACAGCUGAAAAGACAGGUUCAGAAAGACUGAGCAACUUUCCCACGGCCUCAGCUGCUGGGUGGCAGCUGCCAGCAUUGAUAGAGACACUGCAGUUUCAGUCUGACCUUCCCGAUAACAACACACUGACAGGACAGUGUACUCCCUAGGGCAGUAACAGUGUGAACACAGAGGACAUGCAAGUAAGGUACCCACACAAUUACAAAUGCAGUAAAGUGAAUACCCUGCAACAAAGUUAUUUACUGCUUCUCAGAGCGAGAUCACCUGACUUGCAUGUAACAACACCACUGGGAAGAGAGGGAACUGGGAUUCCAACCCCGCUCUAUCCACAGCAGCACUUUAAAAACAAGACCAGACUGUGUGAGUGUGUGGGGGUGCACAUAUAAGUACAUGUGUGUACGUGUGGGGGCGGGGGGUGGUGGUGGAGAAAACAGGCUGCAACAGGACAAACUACUCCCAGCAAGUCCACCCUACCUUAGUUCCGUAUAUGUGUACAAGAGCACGUGAGUGUGUGUGCACACACGAGUGAAUAUGUGCACACUGCAUGUACGUUCUGGGGGAAAGGAGAGAAAACGGGACAAACCACUCUCAGCAUUUCCAUGCCACUUCAGCCCCUGGUCUUGCUCACGCCCUGAACUCACACUGUUUUAAAACUAUGUUUGGCCAUCCUCAUCAUCAGAUCAGAGGUUUGGCAGGAGGGGAAAAAAGUUUCUUAAACAGUGCAAGCAAGCUCCUGAUUGCGGGUCUACUCAGAAAAUGACACUGCCCAGCCUGAGCACAAAACAGCACUGGGCAGCAGUGUUACCUGGUUCAGAGUCCCUUGGUGCUGGGGUGCCGACGGCUGCUGGGGUGUGGCUGAGCCGUAGGAGUUGGCCAUCCCAUACUGGGAAGGAGAGCUAUAGCCCUGGUACAUGCUCUGACAAAGACACAGAGGAGAGUUAGUCCACAAGCCCAGUUCCUGCCCUGUGUCUAGACCUUCCCCCCUUUUCCCGCCUGCAGGAAUUGCACACAACCCCUGGUCCUCACUUCUCUCUCCUCUCUCUGCCAUAUAAACAUACCAGGUCCUCUCAUGUAUUAAAAAAAAAAAACAAAACCCUGAACUUCAUCAAUCUCCUAUCUCAUUCCAGCUAAUUCUCAGAAAAA